CCACUCGACACAAGUCCGGUCACCAUUCCCAGCAAACCGUCUGUAGCGCGAGCGCUGCGACAGGCGCGGACAACAUGGACGAUCAUCUUCACCGGGUUCCCCCUUGCACAGCUAGCUGGUAUGUUUCCCAGUUCGUGUAAAAAAAAAUAAUUCAUGGACUACGGAAAUGAUCUAAAGCUCAAUUGAGGAUAAUGGACAUUGCAUCUGCUUAAAUUUACCCGGAGUGUUCCGAUUGCACCCCGCUGCCUGCGAAGUAGAGGAUAGAGUACCAUCUUGACAUCUCUCCGACGGUAACAACUUGCCAUCUCCAGAGAGUGCACAGCAGGAUACGGACGGAGAUCGCAAUGCGACUAGCUUAAAAUCAGCCCUAGUUUAUCACAGGAAUUGUGUCGAAAGAAGUACGCGAAAAUGUUUAGAAAUCGGAGUCGUGAGGGACAUUACCCCGUGGGGCCUACCACAACCUCAUCUCCACCCGAGCGUGGAGUGCCCCCCUCGGGGCAGAAGGAGGAGGAGAGCUCCUGGAUCAGCAUGCUGUCAGGAGUGUCUAGGCCAGCCCUGUUGUAUCUGCAAAGUUUUUUACCGGGACGCCCUCGAAAUCUUGCCCUCCCUGAAAAUGUGUCCCAUUGGGUCUUUGGCCAUUUAAAGCAGCAGUAUGUCGAUGAAGACUCAUCAUCGCGUGAAGAUUCAUUAAACUGGUUAAGCGAAAUUAAUCCUUUGAGCCAGAAUCAAACCUAUCACCUGACGUACCUAAAUUGUCAGACUCCAGCUGGCGUCAAUGCGUCUAGUGAUGGGAGUGCUUCAAAUUGGUUGACCACAGAUGCUCUGUUUGAAAUUGGGAUUCAAAAUGCUGCAGAAAUGGACAUGGACCCUGGCCAACGCUCUCGGACACCAAGUGGUUCAGCUGCCAGGAGCUUUUUUAGUCAUGUGUUAAACUCGGUGUCUGCUCAGGAAAUGAAACACUCAAAAGGAGCUCAAGUAUUAGAUGGCAAGAACUGGUUGACAGACAUGGCAAGUUCAUCAGUGAAUAGCAACGGUAGCGGUUGGUGGGACAGGAUUUGGGGAAGUGAGGAAACCUCUCAAACUUGGCUGUCAAAUUUCCCAUGGGGGAAGGGGGGAGUGAUGACAAAUGAGCAUUGUCCUCGACCAGCGAAUGGUACAAAAGCCACCGUUGCCAAGACAACUGAGCUGUUUGUACAUUGCAAUAGCAGGGAAUCAAUACCAGGCGAAAGCGCUGGACACUCAAGUGACAAAGCAGAGCCUUUUGACAAUAGUAGCCUUCAAAUAGCUCAACCUGAAUGUCUCCCGAGUUCAGAGGGGCACAAACUACAACACCAGUCCAACAUUAGCAUCAAUAGCCUCCUUUUUACUGCAGGAGCCACCAGUGCUUGUAUUAAAGUGUCAGUUUUGACCCCUGACCAAGACAAUGGUUAUUCCAGUCUUGAAGAAGAGCAGUCCAUCUGCCCAUGUAACAUGGUGAAAACCCCAUGUGAAGAAGAGCCACAAGGGGUAAGUGAAUUGAAUGAACACAGAACCACUAUAAAGACAGAAAUGGAGGGAGAUAAUUCAGAGCUCAGAGAGGAAGGAGAUUCUAUUACAGGUAAAGGGGAGGUGGAGAGUAAAGAGGAAGAAAUGGAGGACUGUCACAUCCAUGGCUCAGACAAUGAGGAGGGUGAAAAAGCCUCUCCAGAAAGUCCAUCUUCAGCUGCUACAGUGCUAACCAUUCCCCCAUGCAGGAAUAAGGCCAUCGCCUUCAUCAUGGGCAGCCCAUGCAGUGAUGAUGAGGACAGCCAAUCGGACCAAGAGUCCAGUGAUGACGAUGAUGAUGGUUUUGACAGUGAGGGGUCCUCUGAAUUGUCUGACUCAGUUGAUGAAGACAGUGACGAAAGCUCUGACUCUGACAGUGAGACAGAUUCAGAAACAGAGCGACUGUGGCAUUCCCUGUGCAAAAAUCGGGAUCCGUAUAACCCCCGCAACUUUACUGCCUCCAUCCAGACCAGCAGUAGCGCCCCAAGGACCAUCCCCACCACCACCUCAGCCUCCUCAGUUCCCUCAGUCUCUCCCUGUUUCCCCCAGUCCUCCCCAGCCUCAUCUCCUGAUCAGACCCCAUCUCCCCUCUCCUCCUCUCCAGGUUCCCCACCAUCCUGCACUUCUACUCUGAGAAACCAUGAUGUCUGGGAAGACUCCACUUCAGCCAGUGAGGUGGACGAAGCAGAGAGUCUCUGUCUGUGGAACUCUUUUAGCUCUUCUUUGGAUCCCUACAGUCCCCUUAAUUUUCAGGCCACCCUCAGGACUCACAGGUCUGCAAAAGUAGAGCCUGGGGCUGGGGAUAGGAGGAAGAAGACCUACCAGACCCUUGUUUACACCUCAAACCAUGUGGGUGUAACUACAUCACCACCUCAGUAUAGGAAAGAGGAGGCCGAUGAGCGGCUGGACAGUGGAUUCUGUGAGCCCUUGGCCAGCACUGUGGAUACUUCUACAGUCUUUGUGAAAAAGGUGCGUUUCUGUGAGGAGGUGGAGGAGUUUUUUGCCAGCUGUGGUGAGGAGGAAGACCGACGGGGGCCCUGGGAGGAGCUGGCCAGGGACCGCUGUCGCUUCCGUCGCCGCUGUCAGGAAGUGGAGCAGAGCAUUGCCUACUGCCUCGACCCCCAGCACCGCAGGCUUAUCUAUGAGAAGCGCACAGUGUGGAAUACCCAAGACAGCUGAGAAGAAAGGGGGUGUGGAUGAAAAUAUGGAUGGAUGGACAGACUUGACAUGUCUGUGGUUCAACUGUAGCACAUCAAACAUGUUCAUGUAAUGUGCCAGCAUAGGCUUAUAAUGUUUUGCUCAACACCUCGUCAAAGAUGAGGGUUAUUAUUGCUUGCGUUGCAUUUAUAAACACAAAACAAGCCAGAAGUGUCCAUUUAGACCGCUUCAGACUGCUUCUUCACAAGUAUUUGGUUUUUGAGAUUGCAUUGAGCAUGAACUUGCUCCUCAUCUGUUUUGGUUUUGCUGUUUUCUAUUCGUUUUAAUUCGAUGGAAUGAUGGGAGUAUUUCGAUACAAAUAAGGGAAAAACCAUACUAGCAUGAAGAACCAAGUAUUGACUCUAUAGGUAUUGUUGAGAACUUCAAAAUCCCCCUAAUGAAUUCAAAACAUGUCACAAGCUUCCAUUUUGAAAACUAUCUGGACUAAAGCCAGAAAAUCCCCCCCCCCUUUUUUUAAAUGUUUUUUAGUUUUCCUUUCCAUUUAUUGUGCCUCUAGUUUUGCUUUUUCUCUUGCAAGAAAUCCGAGCACACUUCACAAACAGUGGGCCAUCAGCAGGCCGUCUGGCUUCCUGUAAAUUUGGCCUUUUUUUUUAAGCUUCUUUAGGUUUAAAUUCACCUGUUUUCUUUUUUCUUAGUCUUGUCCUUAUUCAUCAGUGUUUCAUUGAUUACUUAAAGCUGUAGAACGUGACAACAGUUUGGCCUAUUUAAUGCCUCCCAGGAUAUUUUUGAGAAGCAAACCUACUUAUCAGUUAAACCUAGUACAAACGCCCACUCUUAAUUUGAAUGCUUGUUCACAGUGAACAGUUCUGAACUUUAAUUGAAUAUUCAUGUGCUUUGGGGGGAAAAAGCUGCUGAAACCUGAUUUGUGUUUCGGUUACUGUUGCCCAUUUUAUUCAUCAGCUAAAACCAUUAAGUUUUUACCGUCAAUGCCAAAGAUAGCUUAUUUUGUAUACGUGAAGAAAGGGGUUUGAUCUCGAGUUUUAAAAAGAGUUUAUUUCUUUACACUUUCUUGCAUCGUUGUCAAGAAAGCAGUGUCAAAAUUGGGUCGAUUGGCUUAGUUUUUGUCAGGCAUUACUGAAAGGUUCCCUUUCUAAUAUAUAACAGCUGAUAAAUUAAAUCUUCUUUCGGCUUGUUCCCUGUUUCCCAGGGGUCGCCGCAGCGGAUUUGAUCGUUUCCAUCAGUACCCUGUGAGGGCACAGCACCGAUGGCGGUCUUGUCAGUCCACACAAUGAUUUGGUAAAAUUUUACGUCGGAUGCCCUUCGUGACACAACCACUAACCCUACGGAUGGGGGUGCACAGGUGAAGCGCUGGAUGCAAUCCCAGUAUUCAUGGACUUGCGCCCAUGCCUGUCGCCGUAGGUGAUGAUUCAAAUAAUCGCUCAUAAACAUCAGUGCUUUUGAUUCCUACAGUAUUCACUUAUACAAACUGAGAAUUCUCCCAACCAAGACAUAUUUCAAGUCCAGUCCCAACCCAGCUUCUGCCUUACAUAAUACUCAGUAUUUCAAGGAUCCCAAGUCAGAGUCUAAAACUGUCUCAAAGUAGAAUCUGUCUCUGUAACUCAGUGGUCACUGAUUAAACAGGGCAUCCUGGUGGGCAUGAAACUGGCAGUUUUACUUACUGGGUGGUAACCGGACCUUAACCCUGGGCUUUAAACUUGGAGAUUUGGUUUUGAGAGUCUUGUCAUACCUGUACAGUCCUGUAUUAACUGGCUGGAUUGUUUUUCUAGUGACGAAGAUUAACAUUGAUUUAGCAAAAAGUGAAACGCAGGGACACAAGACUUUGUGCACCUAAUCUCAGAAGAAGAAAAAAAUCCAACAUGUAUGCAAGGAAAUAAAAAAGGACAGGUGUAGCUUUGGUGUUAUUUUACAAUUAACGUACAAUUAACAAAAUCGAUUUUAUUUUUGUAACAUUGUUUGGGUUGGGUAGCAACCGUUUCCUCACCUCAAAUCUGAAUGGAUAUUAAAUUAAAAUAAAUGGAUAUUUAA